AUGCACUUGAAAAAUAAAAACGAACGCCAGCUGAACCAAAAUAUGGAGACAUCCCUGUCCAUUGAAGAAGUAUAUGAUAAAAAUGCUUUGUCUGGUCCCAUGCUAGUAGUGAGGGAUCAUAACGAGCAGUAUUAUAGAGUGUUUCACUCACGUAAACAUUUCUGGAGACACUUUGAUAAGUUACCCCAGCAUUCACAAUGUUUCUCUGAAGCAGUGUAUGAUGAUUUACCACAGUGUCCCAAAAUCCACGUCGAAUUUUCUUCCCCUUAUAGGUUCCCUUGUACUGAGAUUGUUGCUAUACUUAAGCAAAUUCUUCAUAGGAUCUUAGAAGUGUUUCGUAUUAGUAAUGGCGACAAUGAAAGGGCCCCUAAAACCCUCGAGGACUUAGUAGUCAUGGACGAAUGCGGACAGGAUAGUUCUGGUUUUUGGGUAUACUAUUUUCAUAUCCAAGCACCAUUUUUCUCUUUUGCUGACCAUAAGGAAGCGCAAAGAUUUCUUAGUAACGUGCUUCUGAAUGUCCCUCCAGAGGUUAGACUUUUCAUAAAAAAAGAUUACAGCCACCCUGUUCACUUUGUCCGAACAAUGGGAUCUACGUUUCCGGGAGAAACACUAAACAAGAAAAUAUCAGCAUACAGCAGAUUCUUGGGGACAAUAGUUGAAAUCGAUCGGAAUAGUCUCUUCGUGAAACAAUUUCCCUCCUUCUUUGUCAGCAGUGGGAAUAAAGAAAUGGGCCCGAACCAUGCUCUCGAACCGACUAAGGACUGUUUACGACAUAACAGAGGAACUACAGAGAAUUCGAAGCAACUACUUCCCAUGACCGAUGAUAAUUAUCAAGAACCACAGAUGAAAAGCACAGCUGUUGAUGCCAAUAACACGCGCCCUUUGAAUACGAUAGCGAGCAAUACGGAAUCACAUCCUGUUUCCACAGACUUUAUUCAUCAAACACUACCAGAAAACACACGAACUCCAAUGACUGCAAAGAUUUAUGUGUUGGCCGCUCUAAUCGAGAAAAGCGCCUUAUCUGCUGAUCAACGUCUCUAUAAAAUGUUUGGUGCUAUAAACUGCAUGGUUUUCUUGCUUGCACUCACCGAAACGGUGAAACGAAGAGGUGUCUACUUUUUAGACGAAGCGAAGCAUUUACGUAAGCGUUCAGAACACGCUUUCAAGAACAUGCAUGGCUGUAUUAUAAAAAAGAGUCAGAGUGCAUUGUACAACAAUCGCACUCUCCCAUGUUACAAGAGCAAAUGA